AUGUCAACGGGCAAAGUCAACCUCGAGCAGGUCUCCCUCCUGCAACACACGCUCACACGCCCAAGAUGCUCCUUGAAGCUCAUCGGACCCGCGACGUACGCCGAGUGCGACGAGUUCCUCAACGCUUACAAGCCGAGCGCGGCAGACCAGACCAGCGGGCCUUGGUACUGGGCUCAGUUUGGCGUGAAGGCAAAGGAGGGGGACGGCGUCCAGGCUGACAAGCCGGCUGAGGACCUUGACGAGGACGACUCGAAGCGCGUCAAGCUUGACAAGAAGGGAAAGGUGCUGGUGGAUGACCUGGUCAAGCAGUGCCAGCACAUCAAGGAAACUGCCCCCGUCCGCUCGAACAAGGCGAAGAAGCUGCGAUCUCAGAAGGAGCUUCGCGAGGAGGAGUAUGCAAAGUUCAACGAGGAGGUUGCCAAAAUUGCGAAGGAGUGCGGCAUCGUGACCGGCAAAUGGCUCUUCUACCCCACGCCCGAGAGUGUCGACAUCCUGUGGUCAAAAAUCGUCAAGGCUGUCGCGGUCGACGACGGGGCCCUCGUCAAGACUGGCGCAGUGCACUCGGCGAAAGUGAGCACGACGCCGGGUGACUCGGGCUCGUACGUCAUCUGCGUCUACUGCGACGACUCGUGGGACAAGGAGGCGGUCGGCAAGGUGUUCAAGACGCUCGUCGAGGACCACAACUGCGUCAGCAGCGCGUACAAGACCGACGCGUUCACGAUUCUUGGGAUCGACAGCAAGCACUCGAGCGGCAUCCGUUCGAGUCUGUACGGCAAGAACGACUUCAUGACCAAGGAGGAGAUCGAAGAAUCGCUCGCUCGCGGGUCCAAGGCCAAGGCGGCCAAGAAGAACAAGACGCUCGAGGAGGAGAAGGCCCUUGACGGCGAGGGCUUUGACCCCGUGUCAGAGUCGGAGGACGAGGAGCGCCCGCGCAAAAAGGCGAAGAAGGCUGCGAAGUGA